AUGGAACCCCCACCUCAGGCUGCGCCUGCGUGCGAUACCUGUCUGGAUCUACAGUAUUGGGGGAAAUCAAAUCUUUCCACAGAGGCGCAGGAACGACUGUCCGACCAUGAUGACUCGACAAAGACCGUAAGGGUGAACUUCGCCCCGGUCGAUAUUCAGCGCUCUACCCCCCGCUGCGAAUUAUGUGCCAUCCUGCUGGAGGGCCUUGUCCACGCCCUCGGCCUACAGGGGAUGACGACCUGUUAUAUGAUCGAGCUUACGAUCAGCCAACCAUCGACAAUCCGUCUGGACAUCUACGAGGCUUCAUUUAAACAAACAGCGAUUGAAUUUUAUACUACCCAAGAGGUAUCGCAGACAUUGAAGCCUCUGAUGCCGUUUCCAAGGGGGUAUCAUGUCCGCCCGACAAUGAACACUAAAGUGGCAGCACAUAAAGCUGGGCAAUGGUUAAGACAGUGCACCCAAUCUCAUGAGGCCUGUUCCGUGAGAGGGAAGCCAUAUCUACCCAAGCGGGUCGUCCGCCUCGCUUCUUACAAUGUGAAUCCGGUACUGUACGAAACAUCGCAUGGUCAAAGGGCGGAUUACGUGGCGCUUAGCUAUUGUUGGGGAGGUGACAAGAAUCUCCUGACCACCCAAGAUACCAUUCGGUCCCGUAAGGCCGGUAUAUUAUGGAGUGACAUUCCCCAAACUCUGAAGGACGCAAUGCAUUUGACUCUUGCGCUUGGGGUGGAAUUUAUCUGGAUCGAUGCUCUCUGUAUUGUACAAGAUGACCCUAUUGAAUGGAAGGAGGAGGCCUCCAAGUUCGGCUCCAUCUAUAGAGAUGCACUGAUCACCGUCAGCGCAGCUGCAUCUCCGAAUGCAACUAGCGGGAUGUUCUGUGGUCAACGGCAUCAGAGACACAGGCUCCGUAGCCAUGUCGCGGCGAUGAGCAACAUCGACAUCUACAUGCGACGAGCAUGCUCAAUGACCCAUAUUGCUUUGUUUGAGCAUCUCGAUAUAUUCGGGAAUGGCUACCAAGAAAACCAAAAAGUGCUCCCGACACUGGGACGAGGGUGGACCUUCCAAGAACGAAUCCUGUCCCGGCGCAUUUUGCAUUGUGGUAGCGAGGAACUGGCAUGGGAAUGUGUUAGUGGCAAUAUCCAGUGCGAGUGCGGAUCUAUGACGCCAUAUACACGUUCAAACGUUUCACGAGAGUUGCACAGUCAUUUUAGAAGCAUUCCUCAUACCAAGAAGGUUAUAGAAGGUCGUCUCCGCAAUGGCGCCUCUGACGCCAGGGACCAAACUAACAACCCCCUACGUGAAUGGCAAGAGCUCACUGUGGCUUAUUCCUCUUGUCAGUUCACAUAUCCCACAGACCGUCUGAUCGCCCUAGAAGGUGUCGCGCAACAAUUCCAACAAUUCCGACUCGGUCCCUAUUUCUACGGUAUGUGGGGAGAUGAUCUUCACUUUCAACUAGACUGGGUGAUGAUGACAUUGGGCGAGUCACGAAGACUGGAUAUUCCCACGUGGUCAUGGGCCUCUGUAUACCAUAAAUGUCAUUAUAACUAUCAUCACUUCUCGCCAUCCUAUCAAAAUGUUAGCUUUUGUGAGAUAGUGCGGUCACCGAGUGAUGGUUCAUCCGAGAGUGGUAUUUCCUCUCGUACCUUGGUGAUUUCAUCGAACGGAGUGAACGCAAUGAUUCUGUUAAAGGAGGGGCCAUCAGACAUUGUACUCGACGUGGCAGUCAACAUCAAUGGAAAAAUGUACGACAUGGUAGCCGACAUUCAACAGUGGCCGGAGGGGUCAAACGAGUGGAGAAACAUGCAAGAAGAUGACCGUCUGUAUAACGGCCAACCAGUACUCUGCCUCGAGCUAUCCACAUAUCACUUGUUGAAACGUUCACGGUUUAUGAAGGCCUUCCUAGUUCUCCGCGAAUCCCCAGGCACAACAGACAGAUAUAUGCGAGUGGGCAUCAUGAUUAUCAGCGAGGUUUGGAAACCAGGAACUAGUGAUCUCCCGGUUCAGAUGCAGCACAUCGACCGGCAUGCUACGAAGCGGACACUAGAUAUUGUGUAG